AUGCCCCUCACAACACCCUCAGUCUUUCCCCCGCCGUCGCAAGUCCCGGUCAAGUUCCCCAGCAGGAGGAGUGUUGUGCACAGUACCAAGGGAAUUGUUGCUUGCACACAACCUCUGGCGGCGAAAUGCGGCAUAGACAUUCUGGCCGCGGGUGGCAAUGCUGCUGAUGCCGCAGUUGCUGUUGCGGCUGGUAUGAAUUUGACCGAGCCAUGCUCAACAGGCAUUGGUGGUGACAUGUUUUGUCUCUACUACGAUGCCUCAACGGGCAAGGUGUCUGCCUUGAACGGCUCUGGACGAGCAGGAGGCAAGUGCACCCUGGAGACGAUCCGUUCCUCCCUUGGUCUCAAGGACGGACAGCAAGGCAAGAUCCCCAUGGACAGCGUCCACGCUGUCACUGUGCCUGGCGCGCCUGCGGGAUGGGUUGACACCGUCGAGCGGUUCGGCAGCGGCAAGUUGAGCAUGGAACAGAUCCUGGCACCGGCAAUUGAACUCGGCGAAAAGGGCUUCCCAGUAUCUGAGUUGACUUCUUGGUUCUGGAAUCGUUCCGAGAAGUUGCUCCGUGCUGCGUCGCCAAAUUUCGCCGAGAUGUUGAAGAAGGACCCCUCUGCGCCGGAUGGAGUUCGCGCACCUAGACCAGGAGAUAUCAUGAAGAACCCUACGCUGGCGAAGACUUUCCGGACUCUAGCUACCGAGGGUAAGAAGGGGUUCUACACCGGUAGAAUAGCUGAAGAGCUUGUCAAGGUUGUGAAGGACCUAGGCGGUCAUCUUGAGGUCGAAGAUCUCGCGCACCAUCUCGAAGUGGGCAGUGAACCGGUCGAGCCAAUUUCCCUCAAGUUUCGUGGUCAAGGACUCAAGAAAUCCCUAAAGCGAGACAGCAACGGAGACCUCAAGAAUGGUGAGUCUAAGGACGUUGGUGUUGAACUCUGGGAGCAUCCUCCAAACGGACAAGGCAUCGUUGCCCUGAUGGCCCUCGGAAUCAUCCAGGAGCUCGAGGCGCAAGGCAAAAUCCCUACAUUCACCCCUGAGGAGCACAACAGCACGCUAUAUAUCCAUGCCAUCGUCGAAGCUCUGCGCAUUGCCUUUGCCGAUGCCAGCUGGUACGUGACGGAUCCGAAUGUCGAAAAAGUGCCUUCCGCGAAGCUUAUUUCCCGGGCAUACCUUGCAGAGCGGUCUCAGCUCUUUGACCCCAGCAAGGCAUCCGACAUCCUGAGCCAUGGCGACCCAUACAAAUCGCCUGCGUUGCAGAGCAGUGACACGGUGUAUUUUUCCGUGUCCGACUCUCAGGGCAAUGCCAUCUCGUUCAUCAAUUCCAACUACGGUGGCUUUGGCACUUGCAUCAUCCCCAAGGGAUGCGGCUUCACGCUUCAAAACCGAGCCGCAAACUUCAGCCUCGACAAGGACCACCCCAACGUCAUCCAGCCGCGGAAACGGCCCUACCAUACCAUCAUCCCUGGCCUGGUGACGAAUUUGAGCGAUGGAUCUCUGCACAGCGUCUUUGGUGUGAUGGGUGGCUUCAUGCAGCCACAGGGACACGUCCAAACGCUCCUGGGCCAGAUCGUGGGUGGUCUUAACCCACAACAAGCCCUUGACGCGCCCCGUGUGUGCAUAGGAGCCGGAAUGCCCGAUGCAGGCAACGUCUUUGAUCGAACUGUAUAUGUAGAAGAGGGCAUGCCUGCAGAGACUGUGCAGGGGCUACGGGAGCUUGGUCACAAUGUCGAGGUCGUCACGGGCAUGGGCCGAUCUUUGUUUGGUCGAGGCCAGAUCAUCCGGUGGACGCUGGACACUAUAGACCAGAUUGGAGUCUGGUCUGCUGGUAGCGACAUGAGAGGAGACGGAGCCGCAUACCCAGCCUGA